AUGCGAUCAACAGUUGUUAACAAGAUUUUCAUUACUACCGGUGUUUUCUUUCUUAUUAAUGUUAUAUUAUUGUUAAGUAUUAAAGGUUUUCCUUCGUCUGCAGGUCGAAAUGAACUGAUUUCACCAAGAGGUAGACUAGUCCAUCGAGAACCGCAAGUAAAUGUUGCGGCAGUGUCUCCAUUAUCGAAAGUCGAUGUUUUGUUACCGAUUGUUGUUUUUGCUUGUAAUCGGCCACGUGCUCUUCAAAUGCAUAUAGAAGCAUUACUCAAGAUUCGAAAAGAUCCACAAUUAAAUCCAAUUAUUGUCAGUUUGGAUUGCAAUGAUCAAGCCACUAUUGAAGUUGCGAAAAAGUUCGGUGAUAAAAUCAAGGAAAUUAUCCAGUUACCUAAUCUCGGUCCCCUCCAUAUUGUACCCUCGGAGCAACAAUUGGUUGGAUAUUAUAAAAUAGCACGUCAUUACAACUAUUCGCUCGAUUAUGUUUUGAAUGUUUUAAAUUAUGAAGCAAUUAUUAUCACUGAAGACGAUCUAGAAGUGUCACCUGAUUUCCUCGAUUAUUUUCAAGCAUUAUAUCCAUUGCUUAAAGUCGAUAAAACAAUAUGGUGUAUAUCAGCAUGGAAUGAUAACGGGAUCGAUAGAAAAAUUGAGCGGAAUGCCAGUCUUCUUCAUCGCAGUGACUUCUUUCCAGGUCUUGGCUGGUUACUCACAAGAACGUUUUUCAAUGAAGUUAAACACGGAUGGCCAAGGGCAUUUUGGGAUGAUUGGAUGAGAAAACCUGAACAACGACGUGAUCGAGUGUGUAUUCGACCAGAAGUUGCAAGAACAGGAAUCUCACCUGAAGGGAAAAGAGGUGUAAGCGGAGGUCAAUUCUAUGAUAGUUAUUUGAGAAAAAUAAUUAAAAAUACGGAUCCAAUUGAUUGGAAAUCGACUGAUGUUACUUAUUUAAUCAAGGAUCGAUACGAUCCAGUUUUUGAAUCUCGUGUCAAUGCUUGUCCUGUGAUGACUAUAUCCGAUUUAGCUGCAACUGUUGGUGAUAUGAAAUGUGCUCAGAUUCGUUAUGGGAAUGAGAAAGAAUUUGUUGCUAUUGCUGACACACUCGGGAUUAUGAACGAUUUCAAAAUAUAA